CAACAGCUUAGUAGGCACAGAGGCACACAGCGGUGGAGAUAAUGUCCCCAUCCUGGCAGAUUUGUUUCCCACUACUGCGAAUGCAAUGUUUCGAUGUGGCCACCAGAGGGUCCCUGCUGAAGCUUCUGAAGCACUCCUGCCUACAGUCCUGUCCAGCUACAACCAAUCUUAAACUGCAGCCCAGCAACCUGCUAAAUUUCUGGGAGACAGAGGUCUACCGCAUCUCUACAGUACAGCCAUGGCCACUACAGAAACAAUGUUUCCAGACCGAAGUGACUUUGAUUAUGGUCCAGCUCAUCUGGUACCCAAAUUCCAAAGACAGAGGUACCUCCUCAAACUGUAUAGUCAAUAUUGUACUUGAACAAGAAGAAGUUGUCACAGGAGCCACUCCAGCAAAUCCACACCAUGGCCAUUCCUCUUAUGGCUAAUAUACCUCUGCCAUAUGGAUGAUCAAGAAACAGGGUUUUCCAACGCAUCCUACACUGGUGUCAUUGAGUUUCCCACUGAAUUCUGUAAUGUCCUAAUUGAGCAAAAUAUCUAUCCUAUAGGUUGCUCAGUAUUGUUUGAGUGUUGGGACUAUAAGCUGGUCUAAGGCAAAAAAUAAAAAAAUAUCCCCAACCAUGAGACUUGAUACGGUACUGUUAAUCAAACAAGUAAGUCUCUCUUCCUUACAUUAUAUUCCUGUGAAACAAUACAAUUAAGAGCAUGAUUAAAUAUUUAUAGACGAAAUGCCCAGGUCAAAACAAAGAACUGCAUGCAUUCAAUUGUAACAACUGUUUUUUGCCUUUAUUUUUAUUUAUUUAUGUUGAUAUCUUUAGGGCUUUUAAAAAAAAAACUAAAAGAAAUAGCAUGACAAAAUGAUGAAGAAAGCAAUAAUUAGAAUACAUACCAAAUAUAACAUACUGAAAUGACAUAGCUAGCAAAGAUCUUGAUGAAAAUUAAAAGGCAACAUUCAGUAAUGUAUUUUAUUUUGAAAAUGCUUUGAAAUAUAUAUUAAUGGAGGGAAUGUGUAGUAAAGUGUUGAUUUGUUGAUUUCUUUUGUUGACAAAGGUAUUAUAAUUGAAAUUAUUGUCUGUAAAACCUAAACAAUGAGACCACUGUUUCAAAUAAAGCUCUUGUCUACUCAA